CUUAGUCUGUUACACAACUGCUUCUUGCUACAUUCUGCCCAGCGCUUCUUUGCCGGCAUAUACUCCGAUAUAUUUUCAUAUUUUAUUUUUUAAACAAAAAAAGAAACGACACAAUGAGUGGCGAUCAUGGACAUAAGGACUCCAAGGUAAUUGAUUCCGGAUCCCGGGUUAACGAAUCUCACAAACACAAAGACAAGCAUAAGGACAAAGAACACAGGCAUAAAGACCACAAAAAAGACCGGGAACGGGAGAAAUCCAAAUACAGUAACAGUGAACACAAGGAAUUCUCAGAAAAGAAACACAGAGACAAAGACAAAGUGAAGCACAAAGAUGGCAGCUUGGAGAGACACAAGGAAAAGCACAAGGAGAAGAGGAAAGAGGAGAAGAUCAAAUCAUUCAGUUUUGAUGAAAAACCGAAGAAAGAGAAAGAAAAUGGAUUUGCCAGCCCUCCCCGUAUAAAAACUGAAACAGAUGGUGAUAGCUUCUACUAUUCUCCCAAAUACGAGAAGUCACUAAAACGGGAACAUGAUGACGACGACAUUGAAUUUAAGCCUAAAAAAAUUAAGGUGGAGAAUGAGAAGAAGGCAAAAAAGAGGAAACAAGAAGAGGAAGACAUAGAGCCAAAGAAGAAGACAAAGGACAAGAAAACAGAUGAAACUGAUGGCAAGAAGAAGGCUAAGAAAGAGCCAGAGGAAAAGUGGAAAUGGUGGGAAGAGGAGCGGUACACUGAUGGCUCAAAAUGGAAGUUUCUAGAACACAAAGGUCCUGUCUUUGCCCCUCCCUAUGAACCACUUCCCAGCAAUGUCAAGUUUUAUUAUGAUGGGAAGCACAUGAAGCUUAGCCCCCAGGCCGAGGAAGUGGCCACAUUCUUUGCCAAAAUGCUGGACCACGAGUACACUACCAAGGAAGUCUUCCGCAACAACUUUUUUAAGGACUGGAAGAAGGAAAUGACACCAGAAGAGAAAUCCAAGAUAACAAACUUAAGCAAAUGUGAUUUUACUGAAAUGAGCGAAUACUUCAAGGCUCAGACAGAGGCCCGAAAACAAAUGUCAAAAGAGGAGAAGCAGAAAAUAAAAGAGGAGAAUGAGCGGAUCGUGCAGGAGUACGGCUUCUGUGUGAUGGACAACCACAAGGAGCGAAUUGCCAACUUCCGUAUUGAGCCACCAGGCCUGUUCCGUGGCCGAGGGGACCACCCCAAGAUGGGCAUGCUGAAGCGACGCAUCCGGCCAGAGGACGUCAUCAUCAACUGCAGCAAGGAUUCCAAGCACCCUAAACCUCCUCCAGGCACCAAGUGGAAGGAAGUGCGACAUGACAACAAAGUGACAUGGCUUGUAUCCUGGACAGAAAACAUUCAGGGCUCCAUCAAGUACAUCAUGCUGAACCCCAGCUCCAGGAUCAAGGGAGAAAAGGACUGGCAGAAGUAUGAGACAGCUAGGAGGCUAAAGAAGUGUGUGGACCAGAUCCGAGCACAGUACCGUGAUGAUUGGAAGUCGAAAGAGAUGCGAAUCCGACAGAGAGCCGUAGCACUUUACUUCAUCGACAAGCUGGCCCUGAGGGCAGGGAAUGAGAAGGAGGAGGGAGAAACGGCAGACACUGUGGGCUGCUGCUCACUGCGGGUGGAGCACAUUAAGCUCUACCCCGAGCUGAAUGGCCAAGAGUUUGUGGUGGAGUUUGACUUCCUUGGAAAAGACUCCAUCCGCUACUACAACACCAUUCCUGUGGAGAAGAGGGUUUUUAAGAAUUUACAGUUAUUCCUGGAAAACAAGCAGCCUGAGGAUGACCUUUUUGACCGCCUCAAUACCUCUAUUCUUAACAAGCACCUUCAGGAACUCAUGGACGGACUGACAGCUAAAGUGUUCCGAACCUACAAUGCCUCCAUCACCCUGCAGCAGCAGCUGAAGGAGCUGACCUGCCCUGAAGACAACACACCUGCAAAGAUCUUGUCCUACAACCGGGCCAACCGUGCUGUGGCCAUCCUGUGUAACCACCAGCGAGCCCCCCCUAAGACCUUUGAGAAAUCCAUGCAAAACCUGCAGAGCAAGAUAGAUGCAAAGAAAGAUCAGCUAGCUGAUGCCAGAAGAGAACUAAAAAGUGCCAAGGCUGAUGCCAAAGUACGGAAAGAUGAGAAGACCAAAAAAGCUGUGGAGACCAAGAAAAAGGCUGUGCAGAGAAUAGAGGAGCAGUUAAUGAAGCUUGAAGUACAGGCAACCGACCGUGAGGAGAAUAAGCAAAUUGCUUUGGGCACCUCUAAACUCAAUUAUCUGGACCCCCGGAUUACAGUAGCCUGGUGCAAGAAGUGGAAUGUGACCAUUGAGAAAAUCUACAAUAAAACCCAGCGAGAGAAGUUUGCCUGGGCCAUUGACAUGGCAGACAAAGACUUUGAGUUUUAAUCCUAUUUGCUGUUUUAACUGUAUAUUUUUUAUUUAACUUUAAAUAUUUUAGCAUUACUGAUUCCAACAUGUCGUCAGCCUGGCCAGGUAUGAAGUGGAGUAGUGAGGAAACAAAGGAGGGAUAGGCAAGGGUGGAAUAGAAUAUUCAAAGUUAAAAUCUGUGUGUGUGUUUGUGUGUAUGUGUGUUUCUAGAUGGUCAAGGGGAAAUGAAGAGGUUUUAAAUGAGAAGGGUUUUAACGUUUUUUAGUAAUCUCGGGUUGGGGACUGAAAAAAGUGAGGGUCCCAAACCAUAUCCAACAGUUUGCUACAGGAACUGGGUUCCAUUAAAAUAUCUCACCUUAACUGGUUUGAUCAUCAGUGGAAGGGACACAAUGAACUUUAUGGUUCAUCUCUGCUGUAUUCAGCAAAAGUUCCCCCCCCCCCCCCCUUUUUGGUCUGUAUUUUUAGCCCUCUGAUUUGUUAAGAAAUUGUAUAUUUUAAUAGAAAAGCAAAGUUCCUUAAAAUACAACUGCGCCUUGUGAGACAAUGAAAUGAUAGACCAACUGAGAUUGAACUGACUGCAAAAGCUGUGUGUUUGGCUGGGUGUGGCUGAAAUGUUAAGUGUUCAUCUGGGUCAAACUCAACUGUGGCAUCCUGUUCAUGACAUUGAAUGGGGAUGUCAGAAUCAUUGUGGUGAAAAUAUUUCAACUAUGUUCUUGUAACUAGCAGACAGAAUGUGAAUUAUCUUUCCUGUUUUACAGUUUUUAAUCAGGGAUUUUUUUCUUCAGUGUGUAUGUGAACCAAUAUUUCCAUUUUAAGUGCAUCUUCAAAACCGUAUGAUUUUUUUCUGCAUAAUUAUGAGUGUAACCUCGUUUAAACCUCAUUUCACUUCUGUUUUUUUUUUUUUAAAAAAAAAAAUCCUGUGUCUGUUACUUGAAGAAAUUGAUAUAUUUUAACGUACCAAUGUGGGUUUGUCAUGAUUUUUUUUUUUUUUCUUCUUCCAAGUGGUUGAUAAAAAUGUGAGGGAUAUGUUCUUUGCCAAAAAAUGAAAACAUUAAAUUGCAGAUAAAAUACAUUUUAGAGUAUUUUUUGUAAUUGUGUAAAGACUGAGAUAAGGAAUAAAAGAUUGUAACAUGAAUUCA